UCAGAAGAGGCAUCGCCUGCCCCUUUAUGUAAUCAUUAUUUUGACAAGUCUUUUCUAACUCAGAUUGGCUCACACAGCUGUCAGCGACCUGUCGGCUCUGAAAUGGGGAACAGAAAACCUUCAGCGCUACUCUCACUUAUCGGUGUCAUGCUGCUCUGGCCGUAUGUACUUACCAAGAAUGUGUCAUCCAAACUUCAAACUGCAGACAGCACCUCUUUAUCUGCAGGGCAGGGAGGAGAUCGCCCUCAUGUGGUGAAAAGGUCGACACAGAACUGCGACAGCUCGUUUGACAACUACUGCCUGAACAACGGUCAGUGCAUGCUGCUGGUGGACAUCAACGAGCACCACUGCAAGUGUGAGAGUGGCUUUUAUGGGCCCAGGUGUAGCAACCCGGAGCUCGUCGUCCAGCCAAUGGGAGAAGAGCAGAUAAUUCUCACCAUUUUCUGUGUGGGUCUGCUGAUUAUAGGUCUGGCCGGAGCUCUGUACUUCUGCUACAAAUGGUAUAAGAAAAACAAAUUCCCACGUCAGCCGAAGCGGCAGGGCUACAAAGGAGUUCAGAAGGCUUAGAGUGUCACCAACCCACUGACAUCUGCUGCGGGAAGAGGCAAAACAGGAUUUCCACAGUUUUCUACAUGAAAAUUUCAACAUACUGUACGAUGACUUUACCUGACUCUCUUACACUCAGUGGCUGGUUUACUGGAUUGUCACAGCACGUCACACGGCUUUGGUUUACUUUAUUUGGGAGGGAGAUUGGCACAGAGAGAUUAAAAUGUUCAAAAAGAAGCUUUGUGUGCCGUGCGAUUGUUGUUUGCAGCUGCAGCGGUUCUAGUAUUUCAGCAUCUCUUGUCUUCAUGUUUGAAAAGAAGAAUGGUGAGACACGCAAAAACAAAUACCAUGAUGAUGUGUCAUGGUAAAUUGUGAAAGUCUGAACAAAUAUGAGGGGUAAUGGUGAACCCACAAAACUGUCAAACAUUUCUGACCCCUUGUAGAGCUCCACGGUUUCAGAAAUUUAGACCUAAGUCAAUAUAUCAAGAGGUAACCUAAACCUCCCAAGCAACAAGAAACAGUUCACCACCAGAUUCUACUGAAUUUGGCUGACAGAAGUAAAGAUCAGUUUCAUUUGACUUCAAGUUUUCCAAGAGCACAUUUUUGAGGUUGCAGAUCUCGAAACACCUCAAAGAUCUCAAAAUACAACUGAUUAAAAAUUAUCCAUCUUGCUGCCUUUAUCUUCUGAGUUACUUGCUUAAGUACAGUUUUAUUGUUUAUCUUUUGGGAGCUGGGGGGUAUUUUAUGGAGUAGAGAGAUGACAGGAAUUGAGGGGGGAAGCGAUGGGGGUGGGGGUGACAUGCAACAAGGGUCCGCAGCCGGAUUCAAAUUGCGGAUGUUGUAGUUAAAUGGCAUGCGUUUUAACCAGCAGGCUACUGAAGUGCACCAGUUUUAUUGUUUUUUAAACAUUGUUUUUAAUUUAUGUCUUGCCUUACUGCCUGGUUUAGCUUUUAUUUAUUGUGGCUUUUUCCGCCCUUUGCAGCUAUGAUGAAUAUUUAAAUGAAAAAGUGCCUUUAUUAUUAUUAUGACUGCUAUCAAACUGGCCACUGAGUGUAACUGUUCUGCUCUUUGAAACUCUGUUUAGUCAGAAAGUAUUCUCAUUUUGAUAAUUUAUUAUAAAGUGUUAAUGUAUACACUGGAAAUAUGUCAGUUUUGAAAGCUCUGUUACUGCUAAAAAGAAUGAAUGCAACUUGAAGUUUUUACUCCUGUGUGGAUUUCUUUUUUUUUUUUUUUAAUGAAUUUCUUUUUAUUUUUCAACACCUUGAGUCUUACUUCAUACGACUGUCUGAAGGGUAAAACUGAGGGUCUUCUCAUUCUUCUCAAGGCUUAUUACAGUUUUGACAUUUUUCUUCCAUGUGAUCAGUGAGAGAAUAUUCCUUCUAAAUGCAUGAAAACAGUAGCAGCUUUUUUUUUAACCUGUGAUUUUGCGAUGGCAAUAUUAGCUGUACAUGUACCAGUAUAAGAUGGUAAAUCAAAUAUAAAUUAAAGCAAAUACAUUUAAACUCUG